AGUGACAAAGCUAUUUAUCCUCCGGAUCGCCCACAAACCAUCGAACACAGUCGACAAUAGAAGAUGGUGUGGUACUAGGGGUUACUUGGAGUAUAUACGAGACGUACAUAUUUGUGUUCCAAGAAAACUAACGAGUCGUGUUUUUGAGUUGUAUCGUGUGUAUUUAAUCAUGGAGAAUAGUUGUGGAUGUCUACUAGGGCCAGCUGAGUACCAUAUCAGCUUACCGAGUGUCAGGUUACAUUUUAUUAGCUGAAACAUAUGCCGGCAACAUCUGAUCCUAAUUCGACGUACCGGUCUGUGUAGACAUGUACAUACAUAAAGCAGGCUGGGGAUGGGUAGGGACAACAUCGGUUACAUGGAUGUAAACUAAUCUGUUUAAAAAAAAACAUGGAAAAUUAAAUUUGUAAAGAAAAAUAGGAAAAUUUUCGAAAUAUGAUAGGCUUGUUUAAAGAUUAAUGAAAAUGUAAUUUGAUAUGUAUGGGUAUUGUUGCGAGUUAUUUUUUUAUGGGUUUGAAUAUGCUUACUAUUGAACAGGUCCCGUUAACAAAUGGUACACAGUGCAUCGACAAGUGAUGCAUGUAACAUUUAUAGUUCAAAACAGGAACAAAAGCUUGAAAUCGAUUGCUAAAGCAAUUCAUACGUAAAUACAGAGGAACUUAUCCGCAUCACUUAACAUAGCAUGAUAGUUACCGAACAAACUCGGGACUGCCGACAUUAGAAGUUCCCUCCGUUGACAUUUGUCCCAUGUGUGUUUAUGGAGCAGUCGAUUACGUAAGCUAAUAAACAAUCUAUUAAUCUCGUGACAGACCACCCUACUAAGCCGGAGGGCAUUGGUCAACCGUGGUCACUCUGGGUCCCUUCGACCCCCGGAGGUUGACAGGCAAAUUAGGUGGCAUCCCCCGCUGGGAGGGGGCAUUCAAACACGGCCCUGCUUGACAGUAGGUACAGAUGUUUCCGGGAUAUUUCCUAGGGCUCACAGCACAUGGUAGACUUAGGGAUGUUGUUGCUAUCCCGAUAUCUCUGAAAAUUCCAUCAAUGUCCAUUUCAUCUGGAGCAAGCGAACGUGUACACACACACACACACAUGUACACACGGGAGACUGGUACAGAUCCUAGCGGUCUAAGGGCUAUAUAGCAUACACGCAUUUGUUCUGCUACAAGCUACAUAUAUAUGUUUACUGCGAGAAAACAAUUCUAUCGACGAACUACAAAAUAGGAACCUUGGAUUUUACCAUGUCAUUGUCUGAUGAUGAAGAUUUCCCCCUCGAAUGGGAUUUUACCGACGUGAAAGUACACUUUAGACCUGGAAACGGAGCAGCCGUCGGACCCUACGCGGACCUUCCGAUGUUACAUGAGCCAGCUCCGUCUUCCGGAGUCGGAUCCCCGUCUCCGGCCAUGCUUCCGUCCUUCGGGUUUACUCAGGAACAAGUAGCUUGCGUCUGUGAAGUUCUUCAACAAGGAGGGAAUAUUGACAGAUUGGCUAGGUUUUUGUGGUCAUUACCAGCUUGUGAACAUCUACAUAAAAAUGAAAGUGUAUUAAAAGCGAAAGCUGUGGUGGCUUUCCAUAGAGGAAACUUUAAAGAACUUUACAAAAUUCUCGAAAUCAAUAACUUUUCGCCCCACAAUCAUCCCAAACUUCAGGCGCUGUGGCUAAAGGCGCAUUACAUAGAGGCCGAGAAGCUUCGGGGUAGGCCUCUGGGAGCAGUGGGGAAGUACCGUGUGAGGAGGAAGUUCCCCCUCCCCAGGACUAUUUGGGACGGAGAGGAGACGAGUUAUUGUUUUAAAGAGAAAUCAAGGAAUGUACUUCGGGACUGGUAUUCCCACAAUCCUUACCCGUCCCCCCGGGAAAAGCGUGAGUUGGCCGAGGGUACAGGACUGACCACCACACAAGUCAGUAACUGGUUCAAGAACAGACGACAGAGGGACAGGGCGGCAGAAGUUAAGGAUCGAGACGGUUCCGUCUAUUUCAGCGAUCAUUCGCAAGGGGGGCACCAACUCGGACAAGACGUCGGGUCGCCUCAAAGUGAUACCACUAAAGAUGAUCUCAGUGACGAUGCAAUGUCUGUUCCACAACAUAUACAGGCCAAACUGGAACCCCAGGAGACGUCCAACUCACACACACAUACCCAUCCACAUAGCUCGGUAUAUGCUGAUCUUCAAAAAGCAAUGCCUAGUGCCCAUUUACACCCCAGCAUGGCAAACAGCGGCCCUCCGCCCGGAAGUGGGGUGCUAUCGGUCACAAACGGUUCAAACCAAGAUGUCGGACUGUUGCAUGAUUAUCAAACGCUAUGAGAGUAUUGUCAACAUCUUUAACAACAAAGUACUAAAAAAACGUGUGAAAAUUUAUUCAUGAUAUACUUGUCUGUGAAUAUUAGUGAGACCAAAGUUUACCAUGACGUGGUACAAGUUCUAAUGUGCCAUAAGUAAUAAUCAAACCUAUAGUAUUGCGCAUGCUCGGAUAUGGACCGGAAGUACUGCCAGAAAUCAAAAUGUCUGUUUCCGGGCAACAUGGCGGCCAUGCUGCUUGCCAACCUCAUCUGACACUAUGUUCGUUUCAGUAUGGAGAUUAUACAUGGAUUUAGCAGAAUUUAAAUAUCAUAUAACAGAGAGAGUGAAACGGAAGAAACUCAUUUUUAAUAUGAUAUAGUAAAUGUUGUCUGUGGAAGUGUUACGUGCUUGGUUGGAUGUUCCCAUGACCAAGACUGUGUGAUGGAAAUCUUAAGCUUUCCUUAUUAUUUUGUUCUGCAGGGCAUGUGUAUUGUUUCAAAAUUCAUUUUACAGAAAAUCAAAAUAUAUUAGAAAUAUCGUUCAUUAAUUUUAGAAUUUAGAUCAAGGGCACAUGCAAUUCUGCCAUUAGGUUGACAAUAUUUUACUCAUCAUAACAAGGCAAGUUCAAAAGUCUACAUUCUCUAAAAUGUCAUUAAUACAGAAACAAUUAACAUUUUCAUAAUCAUUACCGUUUGUUAAUAUAUGAAAAUGUUUUGAAUGACUAAUCCAAAGUACUUGUAUAGCUACAAGAAUUGUUUUGUAAAAGAAAAUCUCAUUUAUAUGAUUAUAUAUGUAGACAUAGGAAGGUCAUUAAAAAUGUAUUUUGCCCGAAUGUUUUUCCCCUACAUAUAUUGCUAUUGAGAAUUUUAUUCUCAAACCAAUUUUGUUUAACUAUAUGGGCUUGUCGUAAUCCACCAAGUGGAUGGCAAAAAUAUUUCAUUCUAAUGCAACUAAUUUUCUGACAAAAACACCUGCUACCCAAUAUUAAUAAAUACAAUCAAAGUAUACGUUCUUGUUAGUUUCAUUAUUGAAGCAUGUAUUAAAUUAAAUAAUAUUG